CCCCAGGCCCCCCCCAUGGAGCCCGAGGCCCCGGAUUCCCGCAAGAGGCCCCUCGAAACGCCCCCCGAGGUGGUCUGCACCAAGCGCAGCAACACGGGAGAGGAAGGCGAAUACUUCCUGAAGGUGCUGAUCCCCAGCUACGCGGCAGGCUCCAUCAUUGGCAAGGGCGGGCAGACCAUCGUGCAGCUGCAGAAGGAGACAGGAGCCACCAUCAAGCUCUCUAAGUCCAAAGACUUCUAUCCGGGAACCACAGAACGAGUAUGCCUGGUACAGGGCACAGCAGAGGCCUUGAAUGCUGUGCACAGCUUUAUUGCUGAGAAGGUCCGAGAAAUCCCACAAGCAAUGACUAAGCCUGAGGUGGUCAACAUCCUUCAACCCCAAACCACGAUGAACCCCGACAGAGCCAAGCAGUGUGGAAGCUGGGCCAAAUCAGGGAUUAUAAAUUGAAAUGCCUCCAAGAUUCAGCAAGGGAACAUAAAGAAUUGGGGACUCUGGCCUCAUCAGAGAGAUAUAAUGCCAUCCCUUAAGGGGGCAGCUGCUACUCAACUCGACUCAAUUCUUGCCCUUUGGGAAUGUAGACAAAGUGUUGCCACAUCUUACAAAUUUUUCAGAAGAAGCCAGAAAUAUUUGACAUCAACUGAUUUUUAAAGGUUGGCUCAAUCUUAAAACCACUGUGUGGCUGUGGGCUGCCUGUGGCCUGAGGACCACCAAUUUGCCACCUCUGGGCUAGACUGGUGGUUCUCAGUCCUGGCUGGUAUCUGAAUCAUCUAGGUAGCUUAGAAUGCAGAUUCCUGGGUCCCAGCCCAGAGCCACUGAAUCAGAAUUUCUGGAGUGAAGGCUUGGGAAUCUGAACACAGAUUCUUGACUGGGAUCAGAUCCUGGCUCUAUUACUUACUAUCUGUGUGACCUUGAGCAAGUUUCUUAACCUCUCUUGCCUCUGCUUUCCAGGCCAUAAAAUUCGAUAAUAAAAGUGCCUGCCUAUUCUUGUAGGGUUGUUGUAGAGAUUAAGUGACUAUAUGAAAGUGUUUACCAAAGUGUCUGGCAAAUGGAAAGACUGUUAGCUGUAUAAUUAUUAUUAUACCGUUACUAUUUGCAAAUCUCCACAGACUUGCAAAUCACGGGGACAGAUGUUCUCUGAGGUCUUUCUGGCCCUAAAACUCCUACAAUUCUACGGCUCUGUAAUUUCAAGAUUCUCGACGUACAUUAUUCUAAGAUUCUACUGUUCUGACUGACAUCCUGGCACUCCAGGAUUCUAUGAAACUGCACCUGUGAUCUCUCUAAGAUGCUGUGGGUCUACCACCUGGGCCUAUCAUGAAGACAGUUAACCAUUUGCCACUCCAGUCAUUGACUAUUCCCAAUGGUUGUAUGGAGUAGCUGUGGUUACGUCCAUGUUGGAGGAGAGGAAACGAGGUGCAGAAAAGUGAAGGCAUUUGCUCUUACCAUUUCUUGGUGAACAGUUACUUCAUCCUUCCUUUUUCCCUCUGAAAUGCUGUAUCAUACUGAAUACCUCUUGACUCUUAGGUCUGGUUUCAUGCAUUCUGUUCUAUCCUCUUGACCUGUCAGACUUUUUUCUGAUGAUUUUUUUUAAUAUAUAAGUUGAGGUAUAAUUCACAUACUGUACAGUUCACCAUUUUAAAGUAUACCAUUUAGUGGUGUUUAGUAUAUUCACAAGGUUGUGCAUUGAUCACCUAAUGUAAUUCCAAAACGUUUUCAUCACUCCAAAAAGAAGCCCCAUCCUCUUUGGCAGUCACUGUCCAUUCUCCCAGCUCCCCCUCCCUGUCCCAACCACUAACCUACUUUUGGUGUUUAUGGAUUUGCC